AUGGUUAGUCACAAGCAAGUACGCCAGAACCUCUUCAUAGCAGCCUUCUUUUCGCUGUCUGCCUGGGCCCAGAGCAGUCCCCCAACGGGCGCGUUGAUUGUGAGGCAGGGAUCAUCAACUGGUAGAGGAGAAUUUUCCACCAUCUCUGCGGCUGUGGCCGCCUUGGCGAGACUAACUGGACCACAGACCAUAUUCAUCUAUCCCGGCACCUACACCGAGAAAGUUAAAAUAACCUAUCCUUAUUCUCUAAGUGUGCAGGGGUACUCCGCCAAUCCCACCUCUACGGCAAGCAAUCAAGUGACCGUGAACGCGGCUGUUAGCGCAGCUCAGGCUGGUAGCAAUUCUAACAGUGCAACAAUCUGGGCUCACAGUUCGGGGAUUCGUAUCUCAAACCUAAACAUCAUCAACUCUUUCGGAACAGGCAGAGAUACUCAGGCGCUCGCCCUAGCUUCCACGGGGAACAGACAAGUUUUCAAAUAUUGCGCCUUCAGCAGCUUCCAGGAUACCGUUGAAAUCGAAGGAACCGCUUAUUUCUACGGAUCUCAUAUCGAAGGUGCAGUAGACUUCAUAUUUGGACCCGGCUCAGCUUGGUUUGAAUCUGUCGUCUUGGGCGUGAAGGCCUCACCUACCCCUGUUAUCACUGCGCAAAGAAACAGUCCAGGCGGUGGAACAGCCUUUGUAUUCAACCACGCACAAAUCGUCUCGGCCGGCGCUAAACCUGGUUCAGCCUACCUUGGUAGACCAUGGUCCCCAGACGCCAGCGUGGUUUACCAAUUCUGUUCCUUGAGUAAUGUCAUCAAUCCGCAAGGGUGGAAAAUUUGGUCUCCUAGUCAGCCGAACACUGACCGCGUGAAUUUCCAAGAAUUUCAAAACGUCGGUCCAGGCGCAAGCACAAGUGCUCGUCAAAUUGGUACUCAAAGGUCAGCUCAGGUGAACAUCGCAAGUAUUUUAGGAUCUGAUUACAGUACAUGGGCACAAUAG